GGUUUCUCGGGCGCCAUGUUUCCUUUCAAGAGUAGGGUGAGGAUGAUGAUGUAGUACAAACAAAAGAAGUUGCCGCCGAAUAAGAUACAUAAUUCAGUAACACUUUGUCAUUUCUUAGAACUGAAUAUUUGUUCAGAAGAGUCCGUAGGUUUCACGUUCGGUCCAAGUGCAUCGAAUUGCGCGUGUGCUGCAGUGACAGUGAACAGCGCGCGCCUCUGGAUUGGUGAAAGUAGACAGACACCGAAGCGCGAGCUCCCUCCUCCAGUACGCGAAAGGCAAGGAAAAAUGUUGCAACUUCCUGUGGGCAAUUUGGAAAAAAUCAGAAAAUCAAGAAAACGAGUAAAAGAUGUUCUCUGUGAUGUUGGACUUGAGAAUUGCAAAGACUUGUUGAAUGAGCUCCAGAGGUUUGAUGUGGGAGAUGAAGCCUUUGAUAACACAGACUGGUUUGACUUCACUGAAGGGUACCAUGGAAAAAGGAGAAAAAAGUGGCGGUACCGUACCCGGGGACUCUGCUGCACCCUGUGUAGGUUUUCAGCACGCUCCUGGAAUGGCUACAGGUCCCACAUGCGACGUUAUCAUGAAGAAGAGCAGGACAUUGGAGCGCUGUCGAUUUGCUCUUGCUGCUCAUUUGUCGCCCAUCCCAAGGUGGUCAUCGAGCACUUUAGGAUCUUCCAUCCUGAUUCAAUGAAGAGCCCAAGCGCUCCCGUUCCUCCCACAGGGGUGACAACCACAAAAGGACUCCCGGUCAUGGUCGACACCACUGUGACUGGAGACAGGUACUCAUGUCGAAGGUGUGGGUACCAGGAUUCAUUGAUUUACUGCAUAAAGAAACAUGUCUUUGUGAAUCACUACUCCAAUCUUAUGAAUCGCUAUUUUGGGCAGCGGACAGAUACCGAGAUGAAAAUUACUAAUGGUGCUCGCACCUCCAAAUUUUACUGCAAGGUGUGCAGCGUGCCGGCUGAAAGCUCGGACCAUUUGAUCUACCACAUCUUGACCUCAGAAAAACACAAAGAAUUGGAGGUGCAUAUCAAAGCCUUGAUAUAUGAACACAGUAAAUUUGGCAAGAAGUACUUGCAGCAGAAGCUCCCAAGCCUCGCUCCCAAGGUCACCCAGCAAAAUGUUUACAAUGUUCCGCUGGUCCAUGGGGCCAGUGCCACGCAGCUCGGAGGCACGGUGGCUAGACCCCCCUUUUCAGGCACUGUGCUGCGGGGCACCCCUAGCAACACAACCACUGUGGUGUGUACCCCAGCGACUGGUCAGGCAUUCCUCCCAGGACAGACUUCUACUGUAGUACGACUGGCUAAUGUAGAAGCCCAGAGUUUGCUAAGAACCGGUCAGGCAGUAGCUGCCCUGAAAAAUGCCCCACUCCCUAAGGGAAUUCCUGCCGGAGGUGUGGCUACUACCCUUGUUCGGGCACCGGUUGGCACAUUGCUGCCAACUGUAUCUCAAAAUGGUCCAAAACCAAUGCCAAUCACUGUGGGGGUACCCACACAGACACAGCAGCCACGACAGGUCCUGCUUCCCCCUGGUGUUCAGGUCAGUGUCCAAGGUAAGCUGGCCCUGCGAGGCCCUGGACCACAGCCCCUGCUGGUGACACAGAGGCUCCCAGUGACUCAGUCCACCUCACGCGGCACUGUGCUCACCACCCAGUCGCUUUUCAGCCAUCUGAUCCCCACUGGAAACAAAGUCAAUGGCCUUCCCACCUACACUCUUGCACCUGUCCAGGUCACAGUACCGGUCCAGUCCAGCAGUGCCCAAGGGACUGGUAAAGGACCUGUGACAGUAGUUCAAGGCAGUACUACAACCAUUACACCCCAACAAAACAAGCCACCGACAGGAGCUGCUCCUAGCACCACUGUUCUUUCUAGUACCACUGUGUCCAAACAGAUGCAGAAGUGGGUAUCCUGUCCUGUUUGUAAGGAGCUCUUCCCUGCUGAUGUACACAAAGUCCAUAUGGAGACUGCUCAUGGGCAGGUUCCAGUGAUGAAAAAGGCUAAAGUGCAUGGACUAGCUGCUCGGGCUCCCUUUUUGAAAAAAGUGAACAGUAAAAUUUUAAGGUGUUUGACUUGUAACAUUUCUCUGUCUGGAAAAGGACUCUUUGAACACCUGUUGCAUGGUCUGAAGUGCUUGCAUUGCCCUGGAAUGUUCUAUUCGAUUAAGCAGCUCCUGGAUCACACAGCCAAGGAGCACAGCACUUCGCAGUUGGCCAAUCGGAAUUUCAUGAAACAGGAGUAUCAGCUUCACAUUAACGAUCACGGCGACCUUCUGGUUCCACACUUUGACAUAAACACAACUGCUCCCAAAGAGCUGCUGGGAGACAAGGAAUUGAACCUAGCGCUGGUCACUGUCUCUCUUGACCUCAUAUAUGUGAAGUUGCUACCUGGUUCUGCUCAACCUGUGUGUCGAACACCCAUAAAAAGUGUCCGUGCUGAUUGCCCCUUCUGCCCUGAGAAGCCACAGACUGUGGAAGAUUAUGAACUCCACCUGAAGACAAAACACCACAUUGUGCCCACCAUUCACGCCAUCUUGAAAUCCCCUGCUUUUAAGUGCGCAUACUGCUCUGGGGUGUAUACUGGGAAGACCACACCCCAGGCCAUCUCUACUCAUGUGCAGCGUUGCCGCUGUGCACCCAAGACUGCCAAGGAUGUGGAGAGAUUGAUUAACCCUGACUCCAAAAGACAAGUAGUUGCUGUGAAUGGAGGCGUCUCACAUCCUGCUACCUCAAAAGUUGUCACUCUGGUGCCUGCCUCCAAAACCUCUGACACAGAGGCCCAGAUUCAGAGCAGGUUUGAGGCAGCAAUGAAGGCAGCAUUGGAGGCUAACAAGCAGGAGAGGGAUGCCAGAGCAGCCAAGCGCAGCCAGUUCAGAAAUUUUCAAGACAGCGUGGUAGGAAGUGAGGGGACUUCUGAAACAUCAGUCACCCUGCUCCUUGAUACCACUGGGAAGGAAAUGCUGUCCUUUGAUGAACGAAAGAAAUUUCUCACUGACUACUUUAACAAGAAGCCCUACCUGACCAAGAUGGAGAUGGAAACAUUAGCAGCCCGCCUGUGGUUUAACAAGACCGAUGUGGCCUGUCACUUUGGCACUAGGCGCUCCAAAUGCAUGCGGGCGAUCCAGAAGCGCAGAACUGUGGUUCUGCUAGGGUUCAACAUGACAGAGCUGAAGAAGGUGAAGCAUAACAUUCAGAUCCCUGUUAAAGAAAAGGAAAAGCCUGCUGAAAGGCCAUGUGUGUAGAGGGUCAAUCACGGAAAGUCAGUGCGCUUGGGUCAUGCCAUUUUGUUGAAGCACUUUUGACUAGAUCUCAAGAACUUUUACCGAGGAGAGACUAUAUUUGAUUUUAAAUUAUAUUUUGUAGAAUUUAAGGCAAUACUUCCUUGCCACUAAAAUGUAUAACAUGAGCAUCUUAUUCAGUUCCCUAAGUAAUGUAGACCAAUAGGAAUGCAUUUAUUAACAGAAAUAUAUAUAUAUAUAUAUAUAUACUGUUGAAAAUUGUUAUUGAACUUGUGUAAAUUUGGAUAUGCAUAAUUGCUCUGGCUGUGGGCUUUAUUUCCUUUUCACAUUGAACUUUAAAGGAACGAAUAGCUGAAAAGUUACAUAAUAGACGGUUUUAAAGAAUGAAGGGUCCUUGACCAUCACAUUUGGUUGGCUUAUUUUGUCAUUCAGUUAAAUUUUGUGUAUAUAUCCAGUUUUAUACAUGGAUUUGUGUUCCUUUUGUGUUAUUUUCAUAAAUGCAAACUACUUCAAUAUGUUUCAGAUGUGUACAUUUAUUCUUUGUUUCAAGUGUCUGUUCAGUUUGAAUGUCCUUAAAGUACUUGUUCUGUCAUUUUUAUUUCAGAUGAUACUGUAUUCUAAACUGAGGCAUCAUUGAUCGUAUAAUUGAGUUUAUAAAGUAAAUGAAUUAAAAAGUUUUGAAAUAUG